CUGCUGCUGGAACUACUUCCUCUCUGUGCGCGCAAGUGUGCGCGGCCUCGUGUCUGAUGAGUUAAUUAGCAGCAGCUGUGCGCGCGACUGUGAGCGGCCCUGACAAGCUGAGAGGACACGAUGAUGGAGGUGAGGAUGGAGGACUGUCUGCUUCGUGGAGACUCGUUACAUCUGGUCUCUGUGCUCCAUGAUGAAGGACUGACCAGCAUCACCCUCACCAGGCUGGACCAGCUGGUCUCCAAGGAGCUUCAUGGUUCCAGGUUCAGCAGAGUUCUGGUCGUGAUGAAGUCUUUAGAGAUUCUGUCAGAGAACACAGACGACCUGCAGACGCUCAUCAGCCACGGACUGACGGCUAAAGUGGUGUUGUGGUUCAAAGCCGUCUACGACCUGCUGACCUCAGACCUCCAGAAGAGCUCCGCCCUGCUGAGCCUCACUGACGAGUUCUAUAACUACUUCCAGCUGCUGGGUCGAGCUGCUCUUCCAGUCAGUCAGCUGUCUGUGGUUCUUCUUCAGUUGGGUCGGGUCGUUCUGGAACCAGAAAUCUACUUUCCACUGAGACUUGAGGCCGUCAGAACCUUCAACAGCAUCCUGGAGUCUCUGAGCCGGGACCAGAAGAGACUGAUCCAGAUCGACCAGAACCAGACCCUGUUACUAUCUCAGGUGGCAGCAGCAGUUCUGACAGUCGGAGACUACGAGCUGCAGGUCAGCCUAUCAGAGGCUCUGUGUCGUCUGACUCCCAGGAAGGAACGAGAGCUGAGAGCCAAUCAGUGGUUCUCUAGCCGUGACAUCAGCAGCGCCUUCUGUGACAUCAGAGACGAAGACUUUGAGGUGGACUGCCGUCGUUUCCUGAACUUCGUUAAUGGUCACCAUGGCGACCAGCGGAGGGUUUACACCUUCGCCUGCAGCAGAGCGUUCCUCGACUCCACCGAGCUGUUUCCACCAAAAGACGACAAUCUGGACGAGUUCUGGAUUGAUUUUAACGAAGGAUCAGGAUGUGUGAGCUUCUUCAUCAAUGAGCCUCAGGGUUUCCUGUGGGAGUCCAUCCACCUGCUGAAGGAGGACGUGGAUCAGUACAGUCUGAGACGGGACGAAUGCACUGGGGCAGAGACGGUCCUCAGCGUCCGACUGAUCAAUCCCAUCAUGCAUCAGAACAGCAAAGGUCAGACGGUGGUGAUGAACUUCAACUGUGGACUCCACCGAGAGCUGGAGGACGCUGCUGGGAGAGUCUUCAUGAAAGUAAAGACUUCGUCCCGUCUUAAAGACCCAGAUGUUCUGGUCCAGGUGUUUCCGUCUGCAGGUCGAUCCUACAGCAAGAAGAAACCACGGAGCAAGAGUCAGCUGAAGAUUCUGCCUCUGUCGUCUCCGAGCAGCGAGGACGACUCGGCGGUAACCAAGACGUCGGUGAGCAGAGCAGAACUUCUGUUUGAUCAGAUCCGAACCUCCACUCUGACCUACGACUCAGGGGUUCUGGUGGGGACGGAUCUAGAGAUGUCUCAGGAACAGAUGGAGGAGUUUGGAGGACACAUGUCUCCUAUCAGGAAGGAAGUCUUCAGCGGUGACAGGAAGAGAGCUGCUCCAGAACCAGACCAAACUGAGGGCCUGCUGGCCCAGAAGAGGAGGGCGGAGCUUCAGCCAGAGGGGGUGGAGUCUAACUCACCCCCGACAGAGUCCUUACCUGAAGGGGCGGAGCCACCAGAGGAGGAGGAGCCUGUGAUGGAGCCAGAGUCCCACCUGACGUCUGGCAUCACGGCUGCCUUCAACACCUUCAAAACACAACUAGAACAACACUUCACUGGCUGCUGGAAGAACGUUGAAACUGAAAUUCUUCUGUCUUUAAAAGAAUGUCGUCAACACGUCUCCUCACUGCUGACAGCUGUCCAUCAUCACAGGUUGGAGUCUCUGCAGCGGUUUGAGAGCAGCGUCUCUGAUCAGCUGAAGCGACUGAAUCAGAACUCGUCCAGCCUGAACUUCAUCAACACACAGAUCCAGAGUUUCUUCAAGUCUGAGAUGCAGCAGCUGGGUUCCUUCUGUGAUGAACACCUGCAGAGGUUGAAGUCUUUGGAGGGCGGAGAGUCGAGCACCAGUCCAGCCAAUGACGGAGGAGGAGAGAAGAGCUCGUCCAAUCAGGACGAGGCUCUCUGAUGUUUGACCUGAGUCUGAGUAUCUGAUUGGUGGAUCGGCUCCUCCUCCAGACUUCAUUCAGAUCUCAGCACAUUUAGUGUUUUUUGUUUCUGGAGUUCUUAGUUUCUUAGUUUCAGUUUCAUCUCUGAAGAGUCAAAAUAAAGUGUUGACUACAGUGUCAGCUUGUUACCACGGUAACGGAAAGUUGACAGUGAUGAGGUA